CAUCACUCUCCUGCACCCUCAGCCCUCAUUGCACAUCCAUAAAACCCACCUAGAGACAAACCCAGAAGAAGGGCAGGGAAUAUUACAUCCAUGGCUGGGCUGCAGAGGUCUUCACUGACAUUCAGGAGGUCAGGAUCAUCAGGCAUGGUCUGGGGCGAGAGGCUCAUGUCGGAUGAACAUAGCCAGUGGACCUCAGGGGAACCAGAGUUCAGGGAGCUACGGCACUCCCGCAGCGUUGGGUCCGUCGGGGCGCAGCACAGGCGCAACGAUGGCACCGAGCGAGGCAGCCAGGCGUUCCGGACACGGCGCGUAGCCCUGGCCAUGGAUCCACCAUCGCCCAAGGUUCCUGGCUGCAUCUUCUGUGGGAUUUUCAGGAAGACAGCACCUUCACAGCCAUCUAAGGCCAGAAGGUACCACUAGAGUGAUCUGUGUAUUCAUCGACCAUAUGUGUGAGUGGGUUACCUGGUUCUGGAGCUUGUGAAGUUUAGGUCCAUCGAGUAUAUACAUGCUACUCCCUCCGUUCCAUAUUAAGUGUCACUGAUUCAGUACAACACUUGAUUCUAAAGCUGCCCACCUCUGUACUUGUAUCUGUGGCUGGUAUCCCCAGUUUUAUUUUCUGCUUUUUAGUUGUAAUUUCCUGGCUGGUUGAUGGCUUUGUUAAUUCAAAGCCGGGCUCUGUCUCGAGCCUUCGUUCUAAAAAGAAGUUCAACACUUGAUAUGGAAUUGAGGGAGCAGCACUCAGUGAUUUUGUAUGCAGUUUGGAUAAGUUUGAGCAUAUCUGUUUAUUAAGGUGUUAUGCAUA